CACCCUAUUCAUGUCACAGUUUCUUGAUUUGAGAUUUACUUGAUUAUUUUUUUUUUGCAUGAAAAAUAGUACUGUGUACCUGUAUUGUUGUUAUUUGGUGGAAUUUGGUGAGGAAAAUGGAGUUUUGUAAAGAAAGGUGGCCAUCAUAUUAUAGUGUUCUUGGUGUUAAUGCAAACUGUUCUGAUGAAGAAAUUAAACGUGCUUAUAGAAAGUUAGCUAUGCAAUGGCAUCCUGAUAAAUGGACGAGGACACCUUCAUUAUUAGGUGAAGCUAAGAGGAAGUUUCAGCAAAUCCAAGAAGCCUAUUCAGUGUUGUCGGAUCAGAAGAAGAGAAUGAUGUAUGAUGCAGGAUUGUAUGACCCUGAGGAAGAUGAAGAUGAGGGAUUCGCUGAUUUUCUACAUGAAAUGGUAUCUUUAAUGGAUAAUGCAAGGAAAGAGGAGAAAAGUUACAGUAUGGAGGAGCUACAGGGCAUGUUUUGGGAGAUGGCACAAGGAUUUGAGACUACAAAUUGGUCUCAACAACAAGAUUUCGAGUCCUCGCAAUGGUUUUGCAGUCCUUUGGCUUAUAAUCACUCUAGAACUUCAGGGACAGCUCAGUUGGAUACAAAUUUUACAGACAGAAAUCCAUUCUUGGAUUUCUCAAACAUGGAGAUGCAUGGAGCUAAUCCUUUCUGUAGAUAAAGCGAUUUCAAGAUAAUUUUCAGCAACGACAAAUGCACGCGAAGAUUUUUGCUCUCAAUGAUUUUGCAUCUUAAGAUGUUGUUAGAAUCACUUGAGUGUAGCAAUGUGCAAAGGAGAUCGGAGAAUUUUGGCUUUGAAUGAAUCAUAUGUAGUUAGCCGCGAUCAUAUCAGCACUAACACACAUGAUCCUAUUGUGAGAAUAGCGUGUAACUGAAAUUUCAGGCUAAAGCAUAAGGCUAAGGGCGACAGUAGAAAUGUGACUUUGUAUUCUUGCAGGCAAGAAACCAGAAUUGGGCAUAGUUUGUAGAUACUUGAUGUUUUUGAGAUGUACUAUUUGUAGUGUUAAUGAGUCGAGGGUCUCCUGGAAACAGCCUCUCUGCCUUUCGGGGUAGUGGUAAGGUCUGCGUACAUAUUACCCUCUCCAGACCCCACUGGUGGGAUUAUACUGGGAUGAUGUUGUUGUUGUUGUUGUUGUUGUUGUUGUUGUUGUUGUUGUUUUGUAGUGUUAAUUUGGAUGAGAUUUUGAAAAAACUUGUGCAUGCCAUAAUCUUGAUUU